UGUGACAUAUAAAAGCUGUUAGCUGCUCCUGCAGCCAGCAGCAUUCAAACCUUGCAGAGUUUUGCUCUCUGAGAGCUUGUAAUAAGACACACUCUUAAAAGAGUUCAUGCUACAACCUAGCAAAGAACUUUAAGUUUUUGGAAGAACAAUAUAUUCAUUUUGGCAUUCUGCAGAGACCCUAACUCUACCUUUCUGCUUUAAAGCAAAGUAAACCCUGCCUUCAAACCUCAAAAUGAUAGCAAUCUCUGCAGUCAGCAGUGCACUCCUGUUCUCCCUUCUCUGUGAAGCAAGUGCCGUCGUCUUACUCAAUUCCACUGACUCAUCCCCGCCAACCAAUAAUUUCACUGAUAUUGAAGCAGCACUAAAAGCACAACCAGAUUCUGCGGAUCUCCCCAAAGCCAGGCGGAAGCGCUACAUUUCGCAGAAUGACAUGAUCGCCAUUCUUGAUUAUCAUAAUCAAGUUCGCGGCAAAGUGUUCCCACCAGCAGCAAACAUGGAAUAUAUGGUUUGGGAUGAAAAUCUUGCAAAAUCUGCAGAGGCUUGGGCAGCUACUUGCAUUUGGGAUCAUGGACCUUCUUACUUACUGAGAUUUUUGGGCCAAAAUCUAUCUGUACGAACUGGAAGAUAUCGCUCUAUUCUCCAGUUGGUCAAGCCAUGGUAUGAUGAAGUGAAAGAUUAUGCUUUUCCAUAUCCUCAGGAUUGCAAUCCCAGAUGUCCUAUGAGAUGUUUCGGUCCUAUGUGCACACAUUAUACGCAGAUGGUUUGGGCCACCUCCAAUCGGAUAGGUUGUGCAAUUCAUACUUGCCAAAACAUGAAUGUCUGGGGAGCUGUGUGGCGACGUGCAGUUUACCUGGUAUGCAACUAUGCCCCAAAGGGAAAUUGGAUUGGAGAAGCACCAUAUAAAGUAGGGGUACCAUGUUCAGCUUGCCCUCCAAGUUACGGAGGCUCUUGCACUGACAAUCUUUGUUUUCCGGGAGUAACGUCAAACUACCUAUACUGGUUUAAGUAAGCUUGUAUUUCCUCCAGGAAAUAGAAUGGUUUCUGAGAAUCAUAGGCAUAUAUAUAUAUUGAGUUUUGCACAUAUUAUACAUAUUUUAUAAUAAUCUUUUCCCUUUUAUUAUUCAUUGUAUAAAUUAGUGUUUGUCUAGUAUGUUUGUUUCAUCUAUGAGGUAAUCAAAACAUCCAUUUCUAUCUUCUGACCUCUCAAACCAAGUUAAAAUGUUGUAUAUGUAGUAUUGACACUGUCAAUACAUCCAAUUCUAAAAAUUGCUUUCUGAAGGAAUUAUGUUAGAUUUGUGAGGAAAAAAAAUAUAUUUGACCUGUAGUUUAUAUGUGUGUAUGUAGAUACAUGUACACAUAUGUGUGUGUGUAUAUAUACAUGCACAAACAUAUAAUAGAUGAUGUAACAUAGGCAACAAUGGGAAAUUUAAAAUUUUAAAUUAUGGUGAAUUUAAAAAUAUACAAUUCUGAAAUAUAUAUGAGGUGGUGGGACAUCUUUAGCACCCAUUUUAUAAUGGGUUAUUUGCAAAAUAACACUCUGUGCUUUCUGGACAAAAUAAUUUAAUUGAGCCACCAAGGAUUUCAUUCUGGAGGUAUUUUGUCUUAUUUUGGUUCACCAAAGGAUAUGCUCAACUUAUAUGUUUCAAGUCAUGCCUUUUGCUUAAUCUCUUUUACUGAAUUAGUAAUCAUGUGUUGAGUGCAAGGCACUCUGCUAGUUAUUUUCUGGUAAUGUAAAGAGAAUGAGAUAUGGUUCCUGCCUUCAAGAAGCUCACAAAGAUAUUCAGGAAAUAAUGCAGUUUAAGAUUUUGCUGCAAAAUUACAUUUAUUUUGACAAAUUGAUUUUAGUGUAUGUUUGAGGAAGUAGAUGCCACAAUGGUCACCUCUAGAUGGGUUAGGUGAUGAGGCUCACUGUGUAAUCUGUACAGCUUUUGGUUAGCAUGAAAAUGUAGCUACACCACUUGGAACUAAGAGAGGCAGAGAAGAAUUAAUUGCCCAGGGAUUACUGUAUUAGAAUAAAUAGUUGUGAGUUUGGAAGGACACACUAAAAAAUCUGACUUGGCCCAGGACAAUUAAGAUUUAGGAGAUAGGUAUGAAAAGUCACAGAAGUAGGGUUACUCGUUAUAGACGAGACCUUCAGAAGGGUCUUUCCUGAGUCCAAGAUAUCUUGAGGCCUGUCAGCAGAGGGUAAAGGGUGCCAGAAACAUGUUAGAGGCCAAGGACAUUUCCAUCUUUUCGUGUCAUUAGCUGGCCAGCAUCAGUCCAAUAACCACGAGCCUCUGGAUAUCACAUUAAAGAUCCUGCAGGCACACCGCAGUUAUGGAUGGGCAAAGUGGCCUUCUUCAGAGGAUUUCUUAAGGAUUAAUUAGCAAAUCUUAUUUCCAUGUCUAUGUAGAAGAAUAAUUUUCAGUUCCCCACUGAGUUUGAUUGUGGAAGUUAAAUCAAAGUCACAAUAAAAUUUUCACUCAUGUGAUUUUGGAACUGCAAUGUUUCCUCAUGCAGGAAAUCACUAUUAGAGAAGAAAAUUUAACAUCUGGGUCAAGACACUUACAUUAUGUGGCGUGUGUGUGUGUGGGGGGGGGUAGUGAAUGAAAGAAGUGAGAGAGAAUGAAAGAGAGGGAGAAUUGUGUGAGUGAGAUUCAAGUUAUGUAAAGCUUUUGUAGAAUUACAGAUAAGCAAACAAGUUAGUUCCAGAGUGCAAAUAACAGAAGGAAGCUACUUGUUUAAAAUUCUCUACACAUUUGCAAUUUCUUAGGGCGGAUGCACUGAAAAAUGGCAGUUAAUUAAAUCCAGUCAAUGAGGGAAAAAUCCACCAUCUGGAGUUUAGGUUUACAUGAUGACAAACAAUUGGCCUGAUUUCUUUUACAAAUUGAAUGUGGUGACCAAAUAUUUUGAUAUUAUACUACUCUGCUUUUGUGGGCACAUAUAUAGACUUUAUUAAAAACAAAUAUUUUUGGAGACUGAAUGGAGAAGAGGAAUAGUUGUAAGAUUCAGGCCCCAGUCUAACUUUUAUCUAACUAUGGGCAAUUGGAGAGGAGGCUAAUUAGUAGGAUGUUUACUUGAUUUAUCUAGAAAGUAUUUUCAGCUUUCAUUUUCCUAUACUUGUUCUACAGAAGGAGCAAAAGUGCUAUUAAACAAAGAUGACUAUUCUCAGUUCCAGUCCUGUUACUGGAUUGCUUGUGUGGCUUGAUUUCUCACUUCUGAAAAAGGAUAAUGAUAUUUGCUACAUAUUUCACAGAGGUUCCCCUGAGGCUAAAGUUAUGCUAUUAGUAGUAAUUUAUGAAUAUUAAAAGCAUCAUGAGUGUGAAACUUAUUUGGGACAAAUUAAGUUUAUGAGCUUCUCUUUGGCAGAAACUCUGUCUGAUUCUUUGUAUUCAUCCCAGUUUCUUAUAUACUGGCUGUAAUGUAAUAAGUAUCUAAUAGAUGUGUCUAUGGGUAUAUUUUUAGAAUUAACUAAAAAGUCUAGAAUUGCAACAAUUCAGAGGAGUCCCACCUUUCUAUGUUUUAUUAAGACAAAAAAAUUCUUAACUAUAAAGCUCUGAACACAUCAAAAAUCCAGAUAAAUCAUCAAACAUACCAGAUUAAGACUAGGGUCAAGGUGCGUAUGACUUAUACCAUAGCCCUUUCCAAAUCACAACGAGAGCUAUAGAUUUAUUUAUAAUUUAACAACUCAGCUGAAAAUAUAACGGGUAUUUUUGUUAUGCUAUGUGUACUUCUUAAAGUUAGUAAUAUAAAGUAGGCAUGUGAAAUGUUUUAUUUUCCGGGCUAAGGCAAAUGAAAAUUUGCUGGUGUCAACAGUGUGUCCUGUUUUUCACAGCAUUCAACCAUGGUGCUAGGAUAGCUACUUCUCACUGUAAUUUCCAGGGGCAGAAAGAGUGGGCAUCAGAUAUUUCUUAAGAGCUGCUUCCAAUAGUCAAUGUUGAGGCUUUCAUUUCAAAACCUAUCACUCAAAAAAAAAAAAAAAAGAGCAUUUUACAUAUUCUACAUUCUACAGCACUGAUUCUCUCUAUGGCAUGGAUUUUUCAAAUCACCCUCUGAUUCAGAAAAAGAGUAAGAAAACUUCUAUCGCAAUAUAGUUUUUCUUUUUGGCUUCUGUGUCAUCAGAAGACUGGAAAAAUUACAGUCUUAGCUAUGAAACUGAUGGGUUUCUUUAUAGAAUUGUGCUGGUGUUGUGGAGGCAACUGUUAGUGUUACUGAUUAUGACAGAUAAGCUUGCUUUUAAAAUGUAAUGGAUAUGAUUUCUGUUAUGAUCAUUGUUGCCACUGUUUGAUAGCCUAAGCAGUGUGAUUUCUGCGGUCUGUCAGGGUUUCCCUACCAGCUUCAUUUGGCAGCACCAUCAUGUACACUUGAAACCUUUGUGGAAACAUGCAUUUGAAAGCUCUGUGCUGCUUCAGCACAGAGCUGACCAGACACUAAGGCAAGUUCACCUGAUACAAUUCAUUCAGACUAUUUAAAUUGGAGCAGCAUGCAUUUUUCUCUUUAAUAAUGCUUGCUUUAAAUCAACUUAUAACAUCGAUGGAAGCAGAGUUGAUACAUUUAGACCAGCUGAAGUGUUUUGUGUUCAUACCCUGCUUAUUAAAUGAAUAUAUAAGCUAAACAGAUCAUUUGAAUGCGUCCAGGAACUCAGCCUAUGGUCAAUGUUCACCUCUCAUAUAACAACAUUCCCUUGUUCCUCAGUAUCACAGGAUGCAAAUUUUGACAUAAAUGGAAGCUUUUACCUACUGAAGUGUUUACGGAGAGUGAAGUUAGAUUUCUGCCAUAAACACACACACACACACACACACACACACACACACACAUGACUUACAUUGUCAUUAUAUGUGUGGGGGAAAGCAUAUUUAAACACAUGCAAAAUUAUUUUUAAGACUUAUGCCAUGAUAUAAUUUUGAAUUAUGACAGGUCAAUCAAAAACUUAGAAAGUUUAAUAAUUCACUCAUUAAUGGUGCUGAAAAUGUGUUACAACGACCAUAUCCUUGCUACGAUUUUGAGGUUUCUUUUCAGUUAAGGUUUUUAUUAAGUGUGAACUAUCAUUAUUGAUUCUGGUGCUAUACACGUGGUGCUAAAUGAAUCAUUAGCAUUAAUAGCUUUAGUGAUGCUCUUUUUAUUCAUUGUUAAAAGUGGUAUCCAUUCAAUUUCUGAUUCAGAAAUAUUAAUAAAAUCCUGUUAAAUUAAUCUUACCCAGAAAGAGGCCAGUGAACUCUCUUUAUGUCUAACUGCCCAACAUUAUUUAGAUGUUACAGAAUGUAAAUAUGCUUCUUUAGAAGUCAUCAAUUUUCUUUUUUAAGGCAUUUUUUGCUUGGCAAUGUCCAAAUUCAAGUAUCACCUGAAGGGUAGAGUGCACCUACACCAACCAUGCUGCAGGCACUGGCGCCCUCUGGUGAUUGUGAAGAUACAUUUUUGAUGGCUGCUUGGCCUGCAAAAAAGGCCAUUUCUUUGGUUCAAAAAAAUUUAAGAUUUUCAGUAUUGGAAUUCUUGAAUACUCUUUAAAUCUGACAACAUUUGAAGAUGCUUGGCACUAUAUAGAUAAAUUUUGAAGAGAAUAAGAAUUUAUCUUGGCAUCCACUUUCCUAAAUAAUAUUUUUUUAUGAUAUUUUAGUUCUAAGGUGCUUAUUGAAGUGGGUUUUUUUUAACUAGAUAUUGAUAAAGUAUAUUCUCAUUUGGUUUAAAUCAUAAAUAUAAUUAGAGUUAAAAUUAGCAAACAGAAUUAUAAGUGUGUCUCAUUUUCAGAAGUGAUUAUUUUUAUUUAAUAUAAUACAUAAGAUUAAGAGGAGAUAUGUCAAAAAAUGAAUUUCAUAAAAAGGGAUUAUCCAUUGGUCUAAAAUUUGAUAAUAUUCUUUGCUCAUACUAUUUAGCUAAUGAUAAAAUCAUAUUCCACUCAAAGUCCUUCUACCCUAACAAAUGUACAUACAAACUUAGAAUUAUAUCACCGGAUAUAGUUAAUGAAAACAAAAUUUUUAGGUAAACUUCCAGUUGAGGUAUGUUAUUGACAUUAUGUGUAUGUAUCACAUAAUUGUGAUAAUCUGUUUUAACAGAAAUGUUUCUUAAGCUAUGUUAGCAUAACCAAAUGAAAUAUAUUUUGAAGCAGUUUUCCACAUUAGUAUUUUCAAACUUAUUUUAAAGCAAGAGAACACUUUUUAUGAUCUCAAUUAUAUAUAAAAGCUCUAACGUAUACUACACACAAAAUGGAUCUGCUUCUAACCCAAACCUUCCCCAGUGCCUGGGAAGUUUCAUCUGAGAGCCAUAGGAUUCUAUCAAGCAGAAAAACAUUGAUCUAAAACAUCUAAUUCCCCCAAUUUUUCUCUAAAUCAGGUAAUUAAAGCAAGAAAAAAAUGAGACACUAAAUCAUUUCAAUACCCACUUCACUUUACAUAUGUUAGAAGCUUCUGGUUUGAUGAAGUAUUAAAUACUGAUUUUAACUGGUGCUUGGAGAUAGAUUGCAGGAUCUUGUGUUUUGUUAUUUGACAAACAGAAUUUUGGUACCAUAGUAGUUUGAGAAUUGGAGAUCAUUGUGGUGCACAUAUGAAAAUAAUGCGUUUUUACAGUAUCUAAAUAUUUCAAAUAUGUACAUAAUCCUAAAAUACACUAUAUCAUUUUAGAUUUUUUUAAAGAUUAACUUGGAUAAGUUUUAUUCAUUACCUAACACUGUGGCAGUAAAAGGUGCUUUGAUGUUGUGAUAUGUCAUGAAUGUGUAUAUACAUAAAACCUGUGUAAACCUCUCCUUAUAAAGCAUAGCAAGUGUAGCUUUUUGAGCUCUGCUGUAUUUUCUUUCUUUCAAUAAAAUAUUAUAAUUGUUUUGUUUUAAAA